GACGUCUAUGGCAGAACAGCUUUGCAUUGGGCAGCGUUUGAAGGGCGUUUGGAAGUUGUGGAGCUGUUGCUCAAGGCUGGGGCUGCCGUAGGUUGGGCCAAGAAUGAUGGGGCAGAUGCAUUGCAUUUGGCAGUUUGGAAUGGGCAUCUAGAAGUUGUCCGGAUAUUGCUUCAAGCUAGAGCUGAAGUCGACAAGGGCACCAACGAAAGAGCGACUGCUUUGCAUGUGGCUGCUCAGCAUGGCUACCUUGAAAUUGCACAAAUGUUGCUGGAUGUUGGGGCUGACAAGAACAAGGCUAGAGACUGUGGGCAAACAGCUUUGCACGGAGCAGCUGCAUGUGGCCACCUGGAAGUUGUCCGGUUGUUGCUCGAGGCUGGAGCUGACAUCGAUGCUGCUUCAAGUGAUGGUGGGGCCACAGCUUUACAUUUGGCUUCUCAGAAUGGCCAUUGGCAAUGCAUUAGUUUGCUGCUGGAAGCCCGCGCAAACACAGACCAGGAGGACGCCUUUGGCUUCACUGCUUUACAUUUCGCUGCUCAGAAAGGCCAUUUAAAGGUUUCCCGCUUGCUGCUGCAGGCUGGAACAGACAAAGACCGGGUUGCAGACGAUGGGGCGACACCCCUGCAUUGGGCAGCUGCCAAUGGUCAUCUUGAAGUUCUUCAGCUGCUGAUUGAGGCAGGUGUUGACAAAGACAAGGUCAGUGAAGAGGAUGGGUUCACCGCUUUGCAUAUUGCAGUUCAGGAUGGUGAUGUGGAAGUGGUCCGGCUGUUGCUUCAGGCUGGUGCCGAUAAAGAUCAGGUCCAUCGAUCCGGGCAAACUGCUUGGCAUUUCGCAGCUCAGACUGGUGACCAAGAGGUGAUGAAGCUCUUGUCCGCUGACAACACGGAAAAGGUGCGCGAGGUGCCAGAGGCAGAUUCCGUGCCAUCGGAGGAGGUGGACUCCGAAGGCUUUCUGCAGAAAGACCCCUUGAGACCUCAGAUCCUCAAAGUCUUCGAGGUCAUGAAGCUUCUGUUCUUCGCGGCCUUUGAUGUGGCCUUUACGGUGCGCUUCAACGCACAGACAGGAUUCGACUCCACGGCAUGCAGAGCCCAAGACGUGCUCUAUGCCGAAGGGGCGCCCGAAGGCUUUGUGAAUCCCUUGGUGGAUUUUGGGUCACAUCAUUUGCUGGAGAUGUUGGACGUCGGGGUGGACGCAAGUGCUCUUCAGACCUGCUACAACUUGCAUCGUGAACAAGGAGAGUGGAAACUGGGGUGGAAGAAGAAGAUGAUCGAUGCAAUGAUACAAUUUGGCCAGACGACGAUGGAUUCUAAGGCCCGUGAUCUCUUGGUGCAACCGCUUUUGGCGAACAUCUUGGACUGGCAGCAGCCCGGAGCGAAGAAGCUGGUGACCUGGGCUUUGGAGCAUGAAGAUGGCCGGAACCCCUUCUGCACGAACAUCGAGACCAUGGACCCUCAAGAGAGGAUGGAUCUCCGGAAAGAGAUCCGAGAGCUCUUUGAGCACUUUGGAGAUCUCUUGGUCAGUGGACACGCCGAGCACACCUCUCUUCAGCUUGAUCCUGGCUCGUCACAGGUGAACACAACCUUGAGCUUUCUCAUCAAAAAGGCCAUUGCCGCGACCUUUGUUGCAGACUGCAAUAUCAAGUCUGCGAGCCAAGUGAGUCACAACAAACAGCUCAGCUGGGACACCUCCAUCAAUUGGCCACCCGUUGUCCUACAGAGCUUUGAACUUCUGAAGAAAGCCACCGCCACCAGUCGCGAGAUCUUUUUCCUACAGUCGUUGGUGGAUGUUUUCCAGGAGUAUGUGAAAGCCACUGCCGUAGACUUGUCCUCGCCAGAGAUUGCCCCCGAAAUCGAAGGGCUUUGGAAGCUGUUGGAGGACGGCAGCCGCCAAAGAAAAACGAGUCCGCGGCGGGUCUACGCGGAGGCACAACGGAGCUUUGAGACCUCCAAACCACCCGAUGCCAGGCCCAAGAGCUGUCUUUGCAACCACAUCGCCCAAAGCGUCUCCUUAGCCUUUGCUCAACGAUUGUUCGAGCUGGGCUUCGAUGCAAACCGUGCCGUGGACGAUUGGGUGUGGCAAGCCACUGACUUGGAAAAGAUGCUGGAUCUCUUUACGAUCACUGAGGAGGGUUUAGAAGAUCCAAACCUCAGCUUCCUGAACCUGCUCUUCGAGGCCAACCGCCUACCACGCCUGCCGGUGCAACAGAGCGCGGGAGUGUCAGAGGAGUCAGCAGCCAAGUCCAUCGUGAAAGCUGUGCUCGUUGGGCUUCCGAUGUUGCAAAACUAUCUAGCACAUCUGGACAUUAAGAAUGGUGGUCACCAGUCCAUCAAAGUGAACUAUGCAAAGAAAGUCAAAUGGUUCCUGUUCCUCAACAUCGCAUGGGCAGUUUGGCACGAGAACAUGCAAGUUGGUGAGGGUGAGUUGCAGAGAGUCUCCUUGCAGCACCGCCAGCAGAACGUGGCCAUGGGCCUCUUGGUCUCGGCCUUCGCGGUAGUCUCCGAGUUCAGUUGGGAUGGAAAGCUUUUCAAGGAGGAAAACUCUGAAGCUUUCAAUGACUUCAACGUAGGCCUCUACACUGUGUGGAACUACCGCUGGGUCGCUGCCCUCUUCGAGCCACGAAGGUUACAAUACCACUUUUGGCACGGGCUUGGGCUGCCAGUGCUGCAGGCACUCGGAAACGAGAAGAGCUCGGCCUAUUGGGUGAACUACCGCCGUGAUGGACUCAUGACAGCCAUGAUGAACCUGGCCCCACUGCCGCAGGACGCUCCGUGGCUACGCAUCUCCCACCCCAACGCCAUCGCCACGGCCGGGGAUCCAAACCUGCAGGGCAGCGAGCUGGUGCUGGCAGAGGAGUCGACGCAGACACCUCAACCGCUGCAGCUGCCGAAGCGAACGCUCCAGUUAAACAUUUUGGAUGGUUAUGACACAUUGCGCUUUGCCACCAGGCUGGUAUCCUGGGAAGCGCCCUCGAUGCAAGAGCUCAGCGUUUGCGCGCAUGUGGGUCUUGCUUGCGUGCUGCGACGGAAGGAUCUCAGCGAGCGAGCGCUGAAGUUCGGCAUCGUCGCCAUCUUUCAGAUUGGAGCGGCCCUGCUCACUUUGGAGGAUGGAGGCAUCUCCAGCGGAUGGCCUGUACGGUUGAUUGAGGCAUUGCUUCAGCGUACUGAGUCGGAGCCACAUUUGCUGAUCCCUCAUUGCAAGCUCAUUGUGGAGGCGUGUGGCGUGUUGGAGAUGCCAGAGCUCUGGCUGCGAUGUGCUCCGACCUCUCAACGAGCCUUGUGGCCUGGAGCCAAGGACAAAGAGGACGUGGAGGACAUCCUGAAGUGGCCCUUGGAUCCAGAUGUGACAGAUCAAUAUGGCUGUACCGGAUUGCACAAAGCUGCAGAGGCUGGCCGUGUGGACUGUCUCAAGUUAUUGCUCGAAGCUGGUGCGCGUCCUGAGAAGGAGGAUUUCAAUGGCAUCACCCCUUUGCAUUUGGCCGCUCGAGGAGGUCACCUUUACAUGGUCAGACCCCUCUUGGUGCGUCCCAAAGUGCUUCGCAGCGUGAAAACAGCCUUGCACUGUGCGGCGGAGAAGGGACACUUGGAAGUUGUAAAGUUGUUCCUUGCCGCGGGAGCCAACAUCCAUGAGGUGGACCUUGCGUCGAGGCAGUACAGAACUGCUUUGCAUUGGGCAGCUCAGAAAGGGCACUUGAAAGUUGCGAGACACUUAGUUGAGAGUGGAGCUGACGUGCACAAGACCAUGAUGAAUGGUGCAUCAGCUUUGCACUUAGCUGCACAGAGAGGUUCCUUGGAAAUCGUGCGGCUUUUGCUCAAGGCUGGGGCUGACAUAAAUCACCCAAUGUACCCAAGUGCUGCAACAGCUUUGCACAUGGCAGCAGACAAAGGUCAUCUUGAAGUUGUGCGACUCUUGCUGGAGGCUGGAGCUCAAAAGAAACCAGUGACCAGGCAAGGACAUUCAGUGCUGGAUUGUGCUGCACGCAGUGGCCGCUUGGAAGUGGUGCGCUUGCUGCUGGAGGGGAACUUUAAUCAGAGAUCUCAUCACGUGCGUUUAGACUCGGCGCUGCACUUGGCAGCCAUGUUUGGUCACCCGGAAGUUGUUGAGCUCUUGCUCCAAGCUGGUGCCAACAAGGACCAGGUCAAGGAUGUUCAAUUGAGCAGCCCCGAAGUGAUAAGCUUGUUGGAAAGCUGGGGCGCAUGA